CUACUAAGGGCAUCAAAGUUAAACGUCCAUCACCGUUCAACUUCGUAUCAGAUAACUUACUUCUAUCCCCCUUGUCUAUAUCAUCUUUCUCCUCACUGACAUGUUUAAUCGUCCGCACAGGGAAUAUGAGCUUACUGUCAGGCAGGAGCCAAAACAGGCCCGUAUGUGUGGUGUAGGAGCUGACCGACGUCCAAUCGACCCACCUCCCAUCAUUCAACUUCGUGUUAUCGACCCACAAACUCGUCAACCUCCUUCUCCAGCUCGCCUAGAUGGCGAUGAUUCAGACCCAAGCUACGCCCACAGCUUCCUUCAAAACCCUUAUUACUUCAUGUUUGCAAGUCUGGCAAAACCUGACGACGACACCGAACUACACUGGCUAAAGGAUGGGAAAACGCGGUGUACGACAGGUUCAGUUGUCUCGUCCCUCUACCACCUCAAAGAUACCGAAAAUCGCAAUGAGGAUGCUGGCUUUUUCGUUUUCCCCGAUCUAAGCGUUAGAACCGAGGGUUCUUAUCGUUUGAAGCUCAGCCUCUUCGAAGUCGUCAGCAACACCGUCCGCCACUGUAAAUCAAUAUACUCUGCACCAUUCUAUGUUUACACUGCAAAGAAAUUCCCUGGUAUGGAAGAGUCCACACCUCUUUCAUGUUCGCUAGCCGAUCAAGGUAUCAAGAUCCGGAUCCGCAAAGACAUUCGUGUUCGCAAGCGUCCUAUCGCUGCACUCACUACUCCGAUCGAUACCGAGAACAACAAUAAUGAAGAAGAUGAAAACGAUACCCCGGUUUCGGCAGUCACUUCUUCCGGUCAUUCCAAACGACCUCGGCACGGCACAGUGUCUUCCAAUGGUGCACCAGACUUGCAGACUCCUACCGGGUCACUAGUGGGGCUACCCGCAUGGCCAUCAUCAACAAGUUUAGAUCCGAUGCUGGGUGCUCCAAGUGCACCGGGUGGCGUCGAACUUCCUGCGCCGACUCACCCUCCGCCGUCUGCUCCUCCAGGUGGAGCCAUUCCACCACCUCGCGGCGCCAGCUAUGAAAGCUCGCGUCUGGGAGGCUCCAUACCCCCGCCACCUGGGGCGCAACUGAUAGCCCCGCCUGCAGCAGCCGUGUUUGAGAAUUCCCGCAGUGCACCCCCAUCCAUUGCGCCUGCAUCCUCUGCUGUCUCUCAACGGCAAACUAUGCAUCCCCCUGCGCAGACUGCACCUUUUUCACCAGCCGCUCCCGUGUUUAACUCGCAAGGCAGAGUAACAUACGAGGCUUCGCGCACUUCCUCAUUUGAUUCGCCACGGUCUGCUUAUGAAGGUGGUCCCAAUCAACGACCGCCGUUCGAGAAUUCAAGGGGAGCAUAUGAGCAACCAGAUCAGCGGGGAUACGAAAGCUCACGAACAGCGUAUGAGUCUCCACCGCAGCGCACUGCUUAUCCAUCCGGUUAUGACGGUCAGAGCGCGACAUCCAGCACUUUCCAGGAACCAUAUCCAUCUGCUGGACAAUAUAGCAGUCAGCCAACUACUUCUAGUCAAUAUCAGCAUCCAUCUUCAUCUCACCAACAAUACCCUUCAUCAUCACGGCCUCAGUCGCAGUAUGGAGCACCACCGUCCAACACAUACCCUACACCCACGCCAUAUUCACAAUCACAGUCUAGGUAUGAAUACCCACCCCAGCAGCCGCAGCAAUAUGCUAGCCCAAAUGGUGAUUCGUACUACGAGUCAUCUCCAGCUGCCUCGUCUGGACCCUCUCACAGCCAUGGACAACCAUCCUACUAUCCCUCCAGUCAGUCCUCCGCUCAUCCUCCAUCAUGGAACACCCCUACCCCUACCCCUCCCGCUAAUCCACAACCCUACUCAUCAUCCGCACCAUCUCAUACCCAAUCAUACGAGUUCAGCCAUCAACAGCCCUACCCGAACUCCAGCGCAAGCGACUACUACCAACCAUCCAAUUCGACUCACUCCCAGGCCCAUCCCCCUCGCGUUACCUCUCCAGCUCCCUCUCGAUACGCAAACCAAUCGUACACGGGCCCCUCUAACGAACAAGCCUAUCCACGGCACCAACAGUCCACAUACGCCUCUGCAUCCGCUGGAGGGUAUAGCCUUCCCCCACCUCCGCCUUCCCAGCACUCAACUACAGGCUCUCACCACGAAUGGCCCGUGGCCUCCCCCGCAUCUACAUGGAGCAACUCAGCUAGCGAGCACGGGCUCAUUCAACUCGCACCGCUCCGCCAACACCCAUCAUCAUCAGCCCGCCAACACGCGUCUUCUUCCUCCUCAUCCUCAUCUGACGCCUCAUCGCCAGUGGCUGGGAACACGAACACACCAGGCGGAGGGGGAGGGGGAGGGGGAGGGGCGUACCCGCUGAUCCAACUGUCGCGCGCGCCGUUCGAGCAUGAUGCGCGGGUGGGACUGCAGGGGAAGAAAAAUGUAUUGAGUAUCGGGAGUAUCAUUUCAGAUGGUGCCUAGUGGGUUGCGUUUAGAUGCUUUGGAUCUUGAGC